GUGUCCCCAUGUUGCGCGAGGUGGUGCCGUCUGGUUCCCUGGGCUUCUUCGGAGGCUCCCAGAAGAUCUAUAUGACGUCGUGGCACAAUCGCUCUUUCGUGGCCGUCGUCGGGAACUCCAGGAAUGUCUCCCUCUACACACUCGAUUCUCAGACGCUGCAGGCCACUCACUGGGACACCGUCGACGGGAACGUGGCGUGUGACUUCGGCGUCGUCACUAAUGACAGGCUGCUCCUGACGUGUGUAGAAGACACCACCACCAGCUCUCCUGUCGUCAAUGUGUACCAGGUCCUUGAGGAUACAGUAGGCGGGAAUGUCUCUCUCAGCCAUCACCAGGUCAUCCGGGCAGAGCACCCUAUAGAUGUGAAGAUGUGGACGCAGCUGGACACCACGAUCCUAAUGGUGGCUGAAUCCCUCAAGAUGGUGAACGUUACUGUGGAGACGGACUCCGGGACUAAGGUGGUGACGAUGGCCAACUACGAGACGGUGUCGUUCGUGUACGAGUGGGCCGGCGAGUACUUCGACGCCAUCCAGGAGCUGCCAGGGACGAGACCUUACUCCGUGACGCACAUCAGGAUCUACAACGCCCACUUCAUCGCCAUGGCCAACUUCGUCAAUAAUAAAGGUCACCACAACAUCUACAGCACGAUCUACAAGUACUCUCUGAAUGUGGGCCACUUCGUCCCCUUCCAGCAGAUCCUCACCAAGGGCGCCUACCACUUCGAGACCUUCGUUCUAGGCUCCGGGCUAGGUUCUGAUACCUUCCUGGCGGUGGCGAAUCACUGCGAGGACAACGAAAAUGGUGGUUGUAAUCCCCAUACAAACUCUCAUAUUUACCGAUAUCGUCUUGGUAAAUUUAUUCUUUACCAAGAUAUCCCGACGUCUUAUGCUGUGGCCUGGCUCGCUAUUCAGGUGGAGACCAAUGUGAUCCUUGCUCUGGCAAGUUCCAUGACAGGUGUGACUUUUUACCAAUUUGAUGGGUGGAACUUUGUGGCAAAAUCGCUCAAGGACACGAAAGGAGCCAUUGAUGUGGGUGUGAACUCCAUUUCUAUGGUUUCUCUGCCUGACAGGAUCCUUAUGGGAGUCAGCAACCAUAAUCCAGACAAGAUGAGUUCCAAUCUCUUUACUCUGAACAUCAACUAUACAAAUUCUCUCGACAGCUACCAUCACCGCGCUGACGAAUGGUGCCAGAACCGACGCGGUAGCAUAAAGAAGCUAGACGUCACUGAAUUGGAGGCACGCGUAGCUUCUGCUCCUCAGGCUGCCUCGGGCCAUGUCUUUACCCAGCACGUCACGAUCACAGCUGAUCUGACCGUGGACCACACGGCAAAUGUGACUAUGGUACAUGUAACGGAACCAGACGUACAUAUACCUAUGGACUGGAGCCAUCUCUCAGACCUUCAAGAGAACGUCGAAAAAAUGGCUGCCAGUGUUGCAGCCAAAGUGAACGACUCGAUAUUCGUCGACUCUCCUCAAACCUGGCCAGCUGAUCUUCAUUUCGCGGACCUCAAGGUCGAGAGCGAAAGCAAAGUUGACGAGCUAUUUGUAAAUGAGGUCAAUGGUGUGACCUUCCCUGCAGAUGAUGACGUCAUAAGACUUACAGGAGCAUCUUACUCGACACUCCAUUCUCUCUCCUUCGAACACGUGGAGGCUGAGGUCGACACUCACGUCACGAACUUAACAGGGCGCCCCUUCUCUUCGUACGUCACCCUCCACGGUACUCAUAACAUCACUGGCAACACCACCUUCCUUGGGGUCGUGAAGGCAUCUGUCGUUGAAUCGACGUCAGGUUAUGUAGACGACCUCCUUGUGAGAAACUCGACCGUUUUGACAACGACAGGCCAGCAGGAGUACUUGGGGGCUUUCACCUGUCAGAGCGUUAAUGUUUUUGAGAUAGAGCCUGGGACACUGAAUGGUGUUGACAUUAAUCAGUUCCAUCGUGAUGUUGUUACUGUGGAUGGAACCCAUGACAUAUAUGGCACAUUAAGUCUUGAAGAACUUGUUUAUCAAGGUAAUUUAGAGACAAAUGUAUCGGCAAACAUUGAUCUAGUUAAUCCACUGAGGACAGAUGUUACAGCUACCCAGGAGGUCACAGCCAUACACAAGCUAAGAAAUCUCGAAGUGGAAGACCUUGAAGUGGGAGGAAACGUCAACUCGGUAAAAAUACCUGAGGAUGUCUUCAUUAACGGUUCAGACUACUUUGUGUAUUCAGCGUCUCUCAGCAAUGUGAACGCCGCGUCCAUCCAGAUCAUGAAGAAACUCGAUCAUAUUACUGUGAACAACGAUGAUCGGUUGAACAUACUACAGACUUCUGGUGAUCAAGUUGUGACUGCUCCUAAAACAUUCAGAGAAUUUCAUUUGGCCGACACUUUCCUCACACCUGUGCUGGAAAAGAAACGGCGAAGCAUUCCGGAUGAAUGCACGCUUUCCUCAUCCACAGGUAUCACAGAACUGGAGGGCAACUUUGAGAAACUUAGGGGGCUCUUGCAAGGCUUGUCUGUGACAAAGGAAUUCUUGAUGCUAAUUCGAGAUGCACAACCUGGGAAAAUGGUACAGGUCCCCAUUCGUUUUGCGGAUUUAUAUGCGGAAGUUCUAAAACAGGAAGCCAUUUCAUGUGCUCUUGUACAAAGUGAUGUUGUCUUUACCGAGAUGUUGACAUUAGCAGAUAAGCCACAUACAGCAGUGACUCCUUAUGUGAACAGAACCUGGAGUGCUGAUGGACUUGCUGUUAUGAUUUUGAAACUUGAAGGGUAUGUGGAAGACAUGAAAGAGCUUUUUAUUUCAUAUGCCACUGAAAUUAUGACCUGGCCGAAAUUGGUUGAGUUCUUCCACUAUGCUAGAAGGCAAAUGGCAGACACUGUCGAGAGGGAUCUUCCACUAUUAAGACUAAUAAAGAAUCUCUUUGAUUCCCAAAACUCCCAGAGAUUGAUUAACCCAGUGCAUAGUUUCUGUGACUCAGUCUGUCCAGUGAAAGGUAAUGAAAAUGUCUGUUACCUUGGUAUUAUGGUUAUUAGGAACAUUGUCAGAAGAAUUGCCUCUUAUCCCUCGGUUUUAGAGACAACGUCAAUCCCAAGCCAGAAACAAGAUAGAGCCCAGAUGAUUAGCUUAGCAAUUAUAGAGAGGGAUAUUGAUGCAUUGCUUGGCUACUUAUCUGCGGAUGAGCGUCUACAGGAAAGUCUCCACAUAGCAAGUCUCUGUAGCUUUUCCAAGAAAUGGAAUAUGGAAGAUGAUAAUGACCAGACAGCUUUAGAGGUUUUAUUGGCUUUUGAAGAUGAGCUGGAGAACCUCUCUGCCGACCUGAAGCGGAAGAGACGUAGCCACGAAGGUGUGCUGGCCACCACCGCGGACGAAGUGGGGGACUCCUGGUCGGGUGUCACUGAAGGUUCAACAGAAGACAUCAUUGACAGCUCUAACGUCAGGGCUUUCGGUAACAUCGUUGGAGGCGAAUUUAACGCAAGUAUCUCCUUAGUUCCUCCUGAGGAAUCUUCAGAAGUCUGGAGUAGUCUGUCAGUUUACUUUCAUAAUUUGGAGAACUUUGUGAAUACAAUUUAUAAACUUGAUGGCCCUUUUGUCAAUACAGCCAAUGACGAAAUAAGAAAGAUCAUACAUCUGAACAUUGAUUAUUUAAAAGCUUUGGACUCUAACUUUAGCAUUGGCAUUGAGAAUGUAGCUCUUCUUGAGCACUUGUCUGAGAGCCUCAUACUGGGUAGGGAACUGAUGAUGAAUUACCGCAUAACACCUGAUGUGGCCAGUUCAGUUAAAAUGAUGAAGACCUUACCAUGGAUUCGUCGUCUAAUGAAUAAGAUUGUUGAGCAAACAGGAUCAAAACCCAAGGAAUCUUCUGAAAAAAUAAUUGACACAAGAAUGGGGCCUAUAUUGCCAGUCACAUACAAGUAUGAAAUGAUUAUCAAUGACGUUUUUCGCAACUUGUCACAAAAACUGAUGACUGAAGAUGCCGAGGAAGAUCGCAAACAACGCAUACUGCUCUUGAUGGAGGUGGCAGAAAAGCUGAUGGAAGCUAAACGAUCUAUAUACUUAUCACGGCAAGUUCGAGAUACUGCAGACGAAGCAGAAUUCAUUGAUGCUUUGAUAAGCAUCCUGAAAAUGUUCGUUCAGACUGCACGAUCAUAUACCAAUACAUAUAAUGCUUCAGAAGAUAAGAUGAAGAAAUAUAGAGAGGAACUGCUGCAGAUAACUAGGAUAAUGAAUUCGGUCUACCCAAAUGUUGAACGUAUUGCGGAUUCAAAGCUAUGGGAAAUCAAGUGGUUGAAGGACCAGCUGAUUGAGGACAUGGCCUACUGUAAGGAAGGAAGACAAGUUAUGACCACAAAUCUAAACUGUGAACUACUCCUAAAUUCAGGCUUGACCCACAUAGAUAUACACUUCCCUUUUCUACCAUUACCUACAGGCAAGGAACCAGUCUUUACGGAUUCCCAGUUUACUUCUCCAUUGCAAGAUAUGAAUAUGCUAUCACCUAAUCGUACAUACCUCUCUGCCAUACUAGCUUUCCUCAAAGUGGUUGAGGCUGGACUCCCUAUACAAAACGAGGUUGCAGAAUCACAAAUGGGCUUGCCUGUUGUUAUGGGUUUUGUAACAAAGGAGUUGGACUCUGUCGUGGAUAUCUUAACUAACCUUGAAAGUGAUAUUUGGAACAUAGGGGGAGCAUAUGAUACCUACCUUACAAAUCGAGUGAAAAAUUUCCUAGUUGCAUGUGACCUUUUAGAGAAAUAUUCAGACCAUGUAACUGAUGAUGUGUUAAUCAGAAUGAAUAAGAUCCGCCAUCUUGUCUCAAUUGUUAGAUACAGAGUACUACAAGCAUCUACAAAUUUAGACAAAUCUGCAGGACUGGCAUUUCAAGCUGCUGAGAAUGUUGCAGAGAAAAGCAAUGUGAUUAAUAUUGCAAAUUCUAGAGAUUCUAUUUCUGCUGAGGUUGGUAUGAAAACCUUCAGUGAAGUUUGUUCAAACAUCACAGCAGCAAUCUCUGAGGGAUUAAUGAAAAAGAAUAGCUUUAGAACUGUUUUGGAUAACAUUCAAAAUCACUUAAACUCCAUGAAUUUCCUUUGGCCUAUUCAUGUUAAGGUAAGUUCACAUCGUAGAUUGGGAUAUGCCUACUUAUCAAAGCAGUCAAAUAUUGUCAGGAAAAUUCUAGCAAAAUUGAAGAAUAAUUUAGUGGGGACGAUUACAUCAAGAGAAGAAAACUUUUCUCCCGAGAUUUUCAAAACUUUUGUAAACAUUCUAAGGUUUGUUGAAAAUUCAGAUAUAAGCAUUAAUAGUGAGACUUUUAAGAGACUUGAUACCAUCUAUAUGGAAAGUUCAGCAGUACUAGAGUUGAUUUCUGAGUCACUGUCUUGUUUAGAAUCAAAGCAGAAGUCGGUUGCCGAGACUACACUCGCUCUGCAAAGUGAACCUUCUACACAUGUAACAACUUUUUCCACGGAUCAAAUGGAGCACACUUCCUCUGUGCCCAGAGUAGUCUCUUUCUCAGAAACAAAAUUUGAACCGCCUUCCUCCUAUCAAAUGCCAGUAUCCUUACUCCAAGUAAAGCCCACAGACUCAGAGCAAGUGAAAUCAGAGUCCACUUCUUCCCCACAGGGAAAAACUGUUACCUAUCCCAAUCCAAAUAGUUCAGACAUCUUGUUAUCACUCAAUGGCUGUUCAGAGUUUCACACGCAGGUGGAAUCUGAUGAACAUGUAAAGGUAUUACUGACAAAUUUGAAGGCAGCUAAAGAGUACUUACAACUUUUGGUUUCCAUUGAGCCAUUUACCAUAGAGGCUGGGAAAAAGGAAGUGAAGAGUGUUAGUGCAUUCCUUACCCGAGUUGUUCCAAAAGUGUAUUCUGUCUUGCAUGCACUUGAUGUGGCACCAGUUGAGAAACAAACAUUUUGGGAUGCAAAUAUUUCGUUGGUGGAGGCAAAGGGUCUGGUUAGGAUGUUAAAACACGUAAAGGCUUUUGCUCUUCUCCUUCCACAUGGUGUAGCAAAGGAGAUUAGGUAUGUGUUGGAUCAGGCACCUAUCAUUUUGAAGAAAAUCAUAACCGUUUCUGCAUGCUUUGAAAAGCCACAGAUGAAACCUGCUUCUGUAUCCCUACCUAGCCUCCCAAUAGCUUUUCCUGACGAUACAACUUCCCUGCAUGAUGCCACAACAUUGAUGGACGAUUCUAGUCUCCCACACAGUAGUACUUACAGAGAUAUCACCUACUCAUAUGAUGGCACCAGCUCUAUGAUCUCAUACCCUCACAUCUACUACCACACACUCAUGACAUCACCACACAUUCACAUACUACUGCAUUGCAUAUUCUUGACACCAUACACAAAUACACACACACCACCACUCAUGACACUCACACCACCACUCCUUCACAUGGAACUGCAUCCACUUCACAUGGACCACCACCACUCCUUCACAUGGAACUACCAACCCACACGCACCUUCAAACUACCACCACCACCACUCCUUCACAUGGAACUACCACCACCACCACUCCUUCACAUGGAACUACCACCACCACCACUCCUUCACAUGGAAGAACACCACCACCAAUCCUUCACACACGCCACCACUUCGCAUGGACUACCACUACCACCACCACUACUGCUUCUAUUCAGAACCAAGAACUCAAAAAAGCUCCUGUACCAUCUUGGGAAGACCCUGAAAUACCUUCAGACCCUAAAUUCAUCGCUGCCAUGGAAUCUGCAUCCUACACCCUCACAGGACUCCAGCAUCCCUAGCUAUCUGAAAGCGACGUCAAACAUCAUCCUGGAGAACCUGGAAUUGCUAGCAAACCAACCUGUUGACCAACUUGAAAACCUGAAAAACAUUUUCCAUUCACGGGCAGAGCAGUUUGCCAGGAUGAUGAAGUAUGCAAAGUCCUCAAGAAACCUGAAGAUUUCGCAAGUAUUUAUGGAACAGCUUGACCACAUGGGGCUGCUGUUACAGGUUUCCUUGAAAAAGAACCACUACAGAGAAAACCUUUUUGGAAACCAGUAA